CAUGGUUCAAGUCAAGAGAUAAGACAGAAGAAAAGUCUAUGAAUAUUUAUUAAUGGAAGGUGUUAUUGUCAUUAAGAAGGUAAUUUUUAAUUAGAUUUCAUUAGGAUAUGGCUCUCCCAGUUCAUUCUGAAACAGGAGUAAAAAAUUUGGAAGUUUGGAUGCUCUUGAGAAGUUUGAGAGAUAAGAAACUUGUUGAUUUAGUGUUCUCAUGGCAAUACUACUACUAUUAUCUCAAGGCUGAAGGAGUUAAAUAUGUUAGAGAUAAGUUGGGUAUGAAGAAAUUAUCUAUCAAUAAGGCAUUGUUGAAGAUGUUAUUCCAGCUACUUUCAAGAAGGCUGAUAAAAAGUUCGAAGAAGAUGUUCCUGAAAGAAGAGGUCCAAGAGGUAACAAACCAUUCGGUAGAGGAGGAAACAGAGGACCAAGAAGAGCUGAAGAAUAAACAGAAACAGCAUAACAAUGAAA